UCACAUGACCCAGACCUAGAGGGCAAAAGGUACGUCGUGUCCCCACCUCCUGGUCCCAGAAACCUGUCCGCACCAAGUCAGCGCUUCCCAUGCUGGGUGGAAACUUAAAAAUCAAUAAAGAUCGUCGGCUGCGGUGCAAUUCAGUCUAUUCUGAACCCAGAAGCCAGAGGGAGCUUCCAAAAUAUGCUGAAGAAUACCAGCCUCCAAUAUGGAAAUCAUACCUAUAUCAGUUACAGCAAGAGGCACCUCGUCCCAAGAGAAUCAUUUGUCCUCGGGAGGUGGAAAACAGGCCAAAAUAUUAUGGAAGAGAGUUUCAUGGGAUCAUCUCUCGGGAGCAGGCGGAUGAGCUUCUCGGAGGCGUGGAGGGUGCCUACAUCCUUAGAGAAAGCCAGCGGCAACCAGGAUGCUACACGCUGGCUCUCAGGUUUGGAAACCAGACCUUAAACUACAGGCUCUUCCACGACGGGAAACACUUUGUGGGCGAGAAGAGGUUUGAGUCGAUUCACGAUCUGGUGACAGAUGGCUUGAUAACACUGUACAUAGAAACAAAAGCUGCCGAGUACAUUUCAAAAAUGACAACUAACCCCAUCUACGAACACAUUGGAUAUGCCACCCUACUCAGAGAAAAAGUAUCCAGAAAGCUGAGCAAGUCUAAAAACGAACCAAGAAAAACAAACGUCACACAUGAAGAACACACGGCGGUGGACAAGGUGUUGGCUCCAGUGUCACCCCUCUAAGAAGGUCUUCCUCAGCUGACCAUCCUCACCCAGGCCCUCUUCAUCCACAUCCCCCAUAUGACUCUCUGCUGUCUGACAUCAUCAUCCUCAGUGAUUUGCUUGCUGGUUUAUGUCCUGCUUCUGCUCAGUAGAUGAGUGAGGUUCCUGUGUCUCUUAUUCACAGCUUUGGGCCUAUGGUCCGGAAUGGUUCUUGGGACAUAAUCAGAAAUAUUUCUUGAUUGAAUAAAUGACUUAAGUAUAAUGUAAAACAACCACUGCGGAUGUUGAAUUAAAGCCACACUAACAGUAACUCACAUUUGUCUAGCACCUUAUAAAGUAUUUCCGUGCACAUUAUCUCAUUAGGUUCUCACAACUCUGUGGAGGGUGUUGUUAUUAUCUCCAUUUUACAGACAGGCAAACUGAGGCUUGUGGAGGUUAAUUAACUGGUUCAAGUUCCACCUAGUAAGAGAAGGAGCUGGGACUUGAACCAGGCUUGAAGUCUGACUGUAAACCACAUACUACUGACAAGAAAUCAUUCUGUCAGAACUAUCUUUUAAAGAAACAAGACUCCUAGUACAGUAUGUUUAGAAAUAAAAAUUUAUGUACACAUUGAACACAACUCCAAAUUCUGAAAAACAACAAAAUCUGGCAAGGUUCAUCCCCUUCACUGAUUAUAGAAUGGUAGUUUAUCUGCAUUAAAUAUGCUCUUUUGUGGCUAAAAUGUAAAAUAUACCUAAGACAACUUCACAAACAUAACAUUUAUAGGAUACAAAAUGUUUAUGCAAUUCAGUCUUCAGCCAAUGGCAGAAGUAAAAGUAACAGUAAUCAAUGAAAAUAAUAUAGGUUAGAGGGCUUGAAUGCACACUGCUUGUCGUCACUAUACAACAACAAUUAAAGAGUGCACAGAGGCUGGGCAUGGUAGCUCACAGCUGUAAUCUUAGCACUUUGGGAGGCCGAGGCGGGUGGAUCACCUGA